CAGAUUUUGUUUCUCAUCUCAAGAAUCAGGAAAGAAAAAAAAAAUGGUUUGCAAGGCCAAGAAGCGGACUGACUGUCGUCAGCUCCAUUUCGUCCAAACAGAAGAGAAGGCGUCUAGAGUUCAAGCAAGGAAGAGGGGUAAAGGGAGGGCUCGUGCAGCUCUCCAUCUAAAAAAGGAAAAAAUACUCCAAAAAAGAAAAAAAAAAAGACGACUCCUUCAAGAAAGGGGCCGAGACUCCUGGCCAAUGUGUGGCAGCCUCCUCGCUCCUGUUGCGCGUCUUGGGCGACAUGGCCGCACGUGCACGUCGGCAGGACGGGGGGUCGUGUUCAAAGACUGGGGGCGGGGCUUAGGCGGCGCGUGCGGCCUUAUAAACCUGCGCCUCCACGCGCAACGCACGCACACACGCAAGAGACAAUCUCAUCAGCGCCCCCUGUACACUAAGUCCUUGAUUCCUCCAUCUCCGUCAUUUUGAUACAGCUGCGCGUGUGUGCUUGCUGCCACACAGUCCACGCGCUGGGGUACGCCGCUGCCAGCCAGAGCUCCAGUCCAAGAAAUUCGCGAGGACAAUAAAUAUUUUCUUAAAAAGAAGAAAGGACAAAUUUUGGUCAAAGAAGACAAGAACGAGGAAGAAGAGGAAAGUUAUUUCCUUACAUCGGUAGCCGUCAGAAACCCAUUUGUAAAAAGAUUUUUUUUUUUUCAUCCUUGUUAUACCCGGAAUUGUCGUCUGCUGACACCCGUCAUUACCGCAACGAAGGAGGGAAUGGUGAAGGCGUUUUAUUUGUCCACAGUUGAAUAGUCUUCACAUUGAGGUGGUCUGCGACAGGUUGUCGAGAGCUGGCACUGACAGGUGAUUGGUGCUUCUUGACCCUCAUCACGAACUUCGCGUCAGGAUUACGUCAGCUGGUGAAGACUGACGGCCACGGACACGUGAUUGGUCAUUGGAGAGGUUGCGUGCGCAUACAAGCAGACCACGUGAACAGACUGUGGCAUGACUUAACAACGUGUCCUUCGUCUGUGCCCUCACAUUUGUCUUGUGUAAUUCGCAACUUCCGGUGUAGAUGGGACUGUAACAGCAGUGGUCGCCAACCUUCAACCCCAUUCCCCCCGUUCUGAUUCGUCCUUGACCCUUCUGUGUCUGGAGAUCGCCGCCGAGGAGCUCUAGCCGCUAGCGAUGACGUCAGCAAGCCCAAUGCUGCGCACGGGCCCUCCGACAGUCAUGACGUCACCUACUAAGAACAGCAACUCUGGCCGAAGUCCAGGGACUUCGUGUUCCCUGCCGAGUCCUUACCAUCCCCACCACUAUCAUCAACAGCAGCAGCACCACCACCACCAGCACCCGCACAACCACCUGCAGCAGCAUCUGCAACAGCUGAUGACCUAUGACUCGCCACCGUUGUACGGUCGCCACCCUGGUCCCCAGCACCUCUCACCCGCCUGCAGGUACUCGUCCUUCUCCCCUGGGGGAUCACUUCUCUCCCCGUCACAGCCGUCAGUGUCCCUGCACUCCCCCUCCUUGUCGGCAGAUGCAUCUCCUUCCCCCUUGCAAGCCAGUAAGCUUGGGCACUGUCUGAUGCUGUUCAAGGAGAAUAACCCCUCGCCUCCCCCACCCUCCCCCCUGGGUGCCCCCCAUCCCUUCUCCCACCCCUCAUCAGCCAAGAUCGCGGGGGCCAAAAACUGCAAAAGGCGCUUGGACUUCAACCACAACCUCAACGACGACAAGAACGCCACCUUCGACCUCGAUGCCCACGGUGUGGGCUUCCGCGAGAUCCUCAACGUCAGCCUGAACGCCUCGCGGGAGGACGGGCUGGGCGUCUUCCUGGCCAGCGCCAAGGGAGCAGCAGCAGGUGGCGGGAGGCUGUCGGAAGUGACCCCACGUCUGACCAACGACCCCGAGCUGGCGGUGACCCCGGGACGAGCGCCCACCGUGGCGGUAGCCCGCCGCAACGAGCGCGAGCGGAACCGCGUGAAGCUCAUCAACAUGACCUUUGCCACCCUGCGCGAGCAUCUGCCGCAGUAUGCCAGCAAGGGCGGCAAAAAUCGCAAGAUGUCCAAAGUGGAGACGCUCCGCGCGGCCAUCGACUACAUCCGCCAGCUGCAGACUCUGACCGAGGACGUUGCCGUUGUCAAGGAGGAGAAAGAAGAGGAGGAAGAGCCCGAGACCGCGGGAGUCAGCUCCCCUACACAGCCAGCCCCGCACCACCACGCCGUGGAGCUGCUGCAGGUGGCAGCCUCAUACGACGUCACUUCCGUGCUGGAAGCGGCGGGGCUGCAGUUAGAUGCUGCCGCAUGCCUUGCCGCUGCUGCUGCCGCUGCCGCCGCAGCCGCUGCAGCCGCAGCAGCAGCCGGCAUGCAGGUUUCGUCGCCGUCCUCGUCGUUGGGAGCUCCGCGAAGUCCUUCGUCUGACGACUGCUGCUCCAGCUACGACCAGCUGAGUCCUGGUGAUGACCACGAGUUGCUGGACUUCGCCACGUGGUUUUAAGGCAUCGCAGGGUCCUGAGCCCGGCAAGGUGGGAGAUCACGUGACGACCAUCCCGCCAGCUGAUUGGACGACACCCUGGGAAGCGAUCCCUAGUCCCUGCACAUGCUUAGUUUCAAGUGCACGUGCCACAGCAGCUCCUCGUGCCCUGCAGUCUCCUCUGUCCCCGAGCGACUUUCUGUAUUAUUAUGAUGAUGAAGACUUGCCUUCAAAUGGCAUUCACUCUGCGAGUGGGGGACUGGAGGAGUCGUUGACAUUCCGCCCCGGCGUCGCUAGCGGCCUUGUCAUCCUCCAGCUGUGAGUUUUGAUUGGCUGGGGAGGCUGGCGCGGGGGACAGGUACAGACGCUGGGGCAUCAGUUCAGCAUCGUCGUGCGCAGUCACGUGGGGAGGGGCACAGAGAGGAUGGUGGGGGGUGAUGUGCGCAGCCAGCCAGAUCGCCAGACAGGAUAGUAGUCCCCCUCUCUCUCUCUCCCCUCCCCCACCCCACACACACCCCACCCCUGUCCCCCCGUCGUGCUGGCAGUCGAGGCAGCCAUGUGCUGUGAAUGCCAUUAUCCACAGGUACGUCAACAGGUGUCGCCAGGGUUAUGUGCUUCUUGAAUAAUUCAUGCAUUUCUUGUCUUCGAACGGAGGAAUAUGCUCGCUCUGACUUCUCCCUGUGUGUGUGCGUGCAUUUGUUUGUGUGUGUGUGUGUGCAUGAAUGCAUACAUGUGUGUGGACGUAUGUGUCAGCACGUCCAUGUGUGUAUCUACUCAUACGUGUGCACGUGUAGUUAUUCAUAUUUGAAUGAUUGUCUUUCUGUAUACCUUUUGUGGAUAAGUUUGUAUAUAUCUAUCCAAUGUAUUGUGUGUAUGUGCGAGAGAGAGAGAGAGUAAGAGUACGUGCGUGCGUGCAGGCAACAUAUGUCGGAAUGUUCCAUGGAGUUUCGCUCAUUUGGUUUCUUCAGGUGUAUUUCUCGAGUGAGUGAAUGAGUGAGUGAGUGAAUGAGUGAGUGAAUGAAUGAGUUUAUUUUCUCCUCAGUGAAUGUACAACCAAAUAAUAUUUUCAAAGUGCAGUCUCGUGGGCACAACCACUUAUUACAAUUAUUUAUUUCUCUAGUGUUUUAACUGACUUUGUACACAUACCUAUCUCUCCCCCAAGUGAUAUAAAGCUCGGUUAGAACACUUACCUGUUUCAGGUAAUCAUUAUUAUUUUUUACCCACAACAACAGAUUUCUGUAAUAUUCUGGACGCACGUGAGCUGUACAUGGCGUAUUUAUAUGAGAGAGAGGGAGAGAGACAUGGAGCAACCCCCUGUUGCUAAUUGUGGCUAUUUUUAGACCCUGCUAAUGAAGUUGCUCUCUGUCCGUUUGAUGUGCCGUCCCAGUGUCAACUUCCUGUCACCCAUAUUUUGAAAUCAUUCAUUACAUUCCACCCACAUUUAUCAUUGAAUUUAUUUGAUUGGCUGUCAGAAUCUGUAACAAACAUACAUCAGCAUAAGUAUUGCAGAAAUAAGUUCAUACCCAACAUAUUGUUUGUUUGUGGGAUUGUUUUUGUUUUUGUUUUGUUUUGGAGGGGGGUUAAAUUUUUUUUCUCGCAUUCUUUGAAUGGAUAACGGCUUCCAUACUUUUUGCUACAAUCUAUGUAUUUUACUUAUUCAAAGUACAUCCUGCUACUGUAAUUAUUCAGCGCUCAAAGGACAAGACUGUUUAAUAGUAUUUUCCUGUUAACCCUUUGAUAUCAUUUACUAAAACUGUUCUAAAGUAUAAAAAUGUAUCUAUUUCAGUAUUAAACCAGAGUGUUCGCACAGUUACCUGUAUAAUUACAAUAAUGAUUCCUCGUCUUUCUGCACAAUGUCACAGUUGUCCUCGGGUCGCCGGAGGGGAGGAGUCCGGGGCAGGGAGGGUUCGAUGAUGUGUUUAUCGUAGGACCCUCCUUCCCCUCCCUGCCCCUCCUCAACGAAAUGGUUUCUAUUUCCGAGCUUUAUCUUCGUCUUCAUGUACUCAGUCUAGUACAAUGGUCAGCCACCUAUCUACCCGGGGUACUUGUGCAUACAUACGCUUGUUGAAAGCCACCUGCUCAUUCCAAAUAAAAUAUCGUUUGUUGUCGUCGAGCUGAAGUUGGCCGAGAGGCUGCUUCUUGAUGUUUAUAAAAUGCGCAUGCUCUAUUUUUGUGAAAUAAAAUCUCGUUUU